AUGUCACUAAAAAAAUAUACAUAUGUUGCUACUUUUAUAUUUGUUUAUUUUAUAAUACCAGUUAAAGGAUCAGUUAAAUGUUAUUCCUGUGCCUCAAUUAAUAUGAAACAAGAUUUUUUAACUAAACUUAGAGGACCUAGAAAUAGAAUUGCAUUACCAAGAAUAUUUGAUGAUGCCUGUCAUUGGGAUACAUGGCUUCUCAAAGACAGAGGAACAGUAGAUUGUGAUGGUUUUUGUUAUAAAUUUCAGGAAGCAUUAAAUAAUUCUGGAUCAUAUUCAUAUAUUACUAUAAGAGCUUGCUCUACACAGAUGUUUUCUACACCUGCUCCUGUUAGUGCUAUUGAUAUGAAAUCUCCUGGCCAUUCUUAUUGUUCUGAACAGAUUAAACCACUAGAUUGUCUUGCUGAUACUAAUCUAAUCGAUCAUCAAUGUUGGUGCCAGGGUGACUAUUGUAAUUCUGGAUUUAAAUUUUUCAAUGUACAAAGUUUUGUGAUUUUUACUACUAUAUUGUUCUUACUUGUUCAAUUAAUAAAAUAA